AUGCCUCGAGGAAGGCCACGAAAUGUGGUGCCACCUUGCCCUUACUGUGGAAAGCAAUUCCAGCGCCGCGAGCAUUUUCUGCGGCAUGAGCGCACACAUACGCGUGAGAGGCCCUUCGCCUGCCAAUGCGGCCAGACCUUUACCAGACAAGAUCUACUCUCCCGACAUUUCAGACUAUCACAUGUCCAAAUCCUAGAUGUAGUGCCAGUCGAGGAGAGCAAGGAAGACCUUCCCGAACUGAGCGACUUCGAUGGCAAUCGGACGACCGACGACCCUGACCUCCUUUUUGAUCCCCAGCUCUUCAUGCAAGAUAUGCUUCCGCCCACCCUAUUCGACAGUGACACGAAUGUACCUUUCACCUUCAUUUCGGCACGGAGUCAACCUCCCGGUCCAACCGACUUUCCUCAUUUCAGCUCCCAUCUGCCAGACUUGGACGGCGCGGAACGCCAACAGAGCACUGAUGAGGAUCAUGGUGGAGCUUUCACAGAUCAUACGCGUAUCCUGCCCUGGUCUUUCUCCGAGUCGGCCUACGAAGGAUUCUGUCUCGAAGUCGAGUCCUACUCGGCAGUUCUUCCUCACGACUGGCGAUUACCAUCACGAAAUUCCUUGAGCCGCAAUCUGGAAUCGUACUUCCGCUGUGCCCAAGAAAGUCUCCCUUUCCUUCAUUCGGCAACUUUCUCUGUCGCAAAGUCUGACAUCGAGUUACUGCUAGCUGCAGCCGCCAUGGGGGCCCUCAAUCGGUUUGAAACGUCUUGCUCCUCUAGCUUGUACCAUAUGUCGAAAGCGAUCCUAUUAGAGAAUCUCGGCCGGCAUGAAUUGGAGUCAUCCAGUGACAUUCUGUCAUCGCAGAAUCAGCCAGCUCCGCAGCGGAGAAACGGACUAGGGAAAAUCCAAACGCUUAUCCUCCUUGUCGCCUACGCGUCAUGGGCGCAAAAGGACAUGUUGCCGGACGCAAUUUUCCUGGGACAACGAUUAAGCACGCUGGUGAUACAAUUUGGAAUCACAGAUACCUUGGAAUCAACACACGUGGAUCGUUCAUUGAUGAGCGUCGCUGCAAAGGAACAGGCCUGGUGUAAGUGGGUGGCUGCGGAGGAACGGAGGAGGACCUUGCUCUCUGCUUACGUCCUUCACAACCUGCAGCAUUUCGCCUACGACGUCCCUCUAGAGCUAAAAUCCGGCGACAUAUGUCUUGCCCUGCCCAGCUGUGAGGAGUCGUGGAAAGCCAGCAGCCCAUCGCAGUGGCUCCGGAGCAAUUUCCACGGCCGACGUGGGCUCCAAGCAACACUUAUGUCGCUUCUCCAUGGCCGCGUAUACCCCGUGUCUUCGUUCGCCAACUAUGUACUCAUUCACUCCCUGCUUCAGGAAUUCACGCUUCUCAACGCUGACGGGGUCAGGCGUCCUCUUGGCCCAGGGACGGCGAACACGCUUGAGACCGCCUUACGGACGUGGCAGUUGUCCUGGGAGCGCACCUACGAGUCCACGCUCGAUCCUCUGUCGGAGAAAGGGCCCUUGGGUCUGAACGCAACGGCCCUGCUUCGGUGGGCCUAUAUUCGACUAAGCUCUAACAUGGCGCCGUGCCGAAUCCUCUGGUCCCGAGAAGUCAACGACCUUGUGCUUGAAAGGAGUUGUCUGGACAGGUCAUCUCGCCUGGAUCGAGCCAUUCUUCAUGCAGCACACGCUUUGAGUAUACCGGUUCGAUUGGGCCUCGAGUUGAUAUCCCACAUCCGAUUACCAUUCCGGAGCAUCGAGUACUCGCUGAGCAGCCUCGAAUGUGCCCUGUUGCUGAGGGAUUGGCUUGCCAUGAUCGCGACGAUCACUAAAUCCGGCGGCCCGGACGCACUACGCAAAACGGAGCCGCAUGGCAACAACGACGCUGAGGCUCUGGGCUCAAGUUUUUCAAGGAGUCCAUGUUCUUGA